AUGCCGGGAGUCGAGCUCCGCCUGGAAUCAGGCGUCAGACUCGAGUUUGCGCCGAACAUUGGCCUCUUGGUGUUGGGCCGUCUAAUUGCCAGAGGCGAGGUCGGCGCCCCCAUCCAAAUGGACGUUCUCCGCCAGACUCUCGAGCAUGCGGGCCCCAGUCCUGUAGACUCCGGUGGCACCGAUGGCGACCACAACAGCCCGGCUCUGAAGCGACAACGUCCGCCAAAUGUGGUGCCGCCAGGAAGCGGAGUGGCCAAAAUGGAGGACUCGCCGUCAAUGGGCGAGACGAUGGCAGAUUUCAGCCUGAGCGGAGGAAGACAAUUCCCCAAUGAAGGCUUCGUCCAGUUUUUCAACAGCACUGCUCAACGCUGGGAGACAGUCUGCGACCCGCUCUUCUCCAGUCAAGUGGGACAGGUAGGCGCCGAUUUGUUGCUAUCUUUUCUGUCAAUUCCAUUCUCGAACAGACCGACUUGGUAG